CUUGUAUUCUGGUCUAAAAGUGGUGAAAGAUCUGAUAUGAUUUGUUCACAGGGGUGUGUAAACUUUUUAUACCCGCUGGAUUUAUCUGUCUAAACUAAACAAGUGGAGAAGUUUCAAUGCAGAAAAACAUAUUCAGCAUGGAUUGUGACUAGGUCCCGCCCACCCCGGGGGAGGAGCCUCGGUGUGCGUAGGGUCUGACGUCAGAAUGUCACUCAAAACCAGGUCGCUGAGCAAACGAGUCUGACAGCCGGGGAGAGAGAGAGAGAGAGAGAGAGAGAGAGAGAGAGAAUGGAACUCCGGAGUCCUUAUAGAGAGACGUGGAGAAGUUAAAUGUGUAGUCAGGGUGAGAGAGAGAGAUCAGUGGAGGUGUGUACAAUCGGAACACACACACACACACACACACACACACACACACACACACAUUACAGCAGUGUUUAAGGAUUCAGCAGUGUGGGACUGAACAGAAACACAGGAUUCCAGCUGAGAGAUACAGAGAUGCAGACGUUUGUGAAAGGGAAGCGAGUGGGCUACUGGCUCAGCGAGAAGAAGAUCAAGAAGUUGAACUUCCAGGUUUUCAUCGACAUGUGCAGGAAGCGGGGCAUUGAGAUGGUUCAGCUGGAUCUCAGCAGGCCGUUGGAGGAUCAGGGCCCGCUGGACGCCAUCAUCCACAAACUGACGGACCACAUCGUGGAAGCUGAUCAGAACGUCAGCGAGGCUCAGAGACUGGUCCAGAGUGUGCAGGAGUACAUCGACGCUCACCCAGGGACCGUGAUCCUGGAUCCUCUUCCUGGUAUCCGCACGCUGCUCGACCGCUUCAAGUCCUACACGCUGAUCCACAAAAUGGAGGAGUGCAUGAAGGAUGAGAGGAUCUGCUCUCCUCCGUUCCUGGUGCUCAGCAGUGGGUGUGGCCCUGACAUGCUAGAGCAGCUGCGUAAGAGAGACAUCACCUUCCCCUUCAUGUGUAAGACUCAGGUAGCGCAUGGUGUGAACUCUCAUGAGAUGGCCAUCAUCUUCAGUGAGGAAGACCUGAAGGAUAUCACACCCCCCUGUGUGGUACAGAGCUUCAUCAACCACAACGCCAUGCUCUACAAGGUGUUCGUUGUGGGUGAGGCGUACAGCGUGGUGGAGAGACCCUCCAUUAGGAACUUCCCCUCUGGACCUACAGACAGAAGAGCGAUAUCCUUUAACAGUCAUCACGUGUCCAAGCCCGAGUCAUCAUCAGACCUCACCUCUCGGGAGAACCUGGAGGGUCAGAGCAGGACGCCUAGUGACGAUGUCAUCCAGAAGAUUUCCAGAUGUUUGAGACAGACUCUUGGUGUGUCGCUGUUUGGGAUUGACAUCAUCAUCAACAACCAGACAGGACAGCACGCCGUCAUCGACAUCAACGCCUUUCCAGGUUAUGAAGGAGUCCCGACGUUCUUCGAUGACCUGCUGACUCACCUGACCAGCAUCCUGCAGGGCCACGCCCCCCUCCGAGCCAACGGCGUGAGCCAGCUGCCCUGCGGUAUGCUGGGAAACGAGAGCGUUGGCUGGAAGAUGGACAGCGAGGUGAUGAAGAAGGGUUCUCAUCAGACUCUGAACUGCUGCAACGCUGAACUGGGUUCCGCCUACCAUCAGCACCGGCGUUCUCCGCUCGCAGCCCACGCCUCCACGCAGUGACCCUGUUUAACCCCUUCCUGACCACUCGCAUCACUUCCUGUAGUGCCUGCACACGUCUAAUGACCAAAGACAUGCUGAUUUAUUUUUGUGUGUGUGUGUGUGUGUGUGUGUGUGUGUGUGUGUGUGUGUGUUAAGGUCGAAGAGGAAAAGAACAAAUCAACAUCCUAGCCAAGUGAUUCAGCUGCUCUGCUUUUUCAGGAACUGGACUUUGUUUACUGUACCGUGCCUUCAGGAUGUGUGAGAGAUCAUUUUAAAGAGAGAGAGGCGGAUAAAGACGAGGGGAUUGUAUCAAUUUAGGCAAAACAGCUGCUUGAGGAGCGCACAGCUCUUUCUCCUCUUUGUGCCUAGGUUACAAGUCAGGACAGAAAAUUGUUUUCACACCUUUUUGGAAAAAACAACAACAACAACAACGACGACGACAGCUCACAUGAUGCACCCACUGUAACCAUGACAACGCUCCCACUAGCUAGACUCCUAGUUAGUAUAGGCUAACUAGCCAUUCAUUACUGUUGUAACAGUAAUAAUAAUAAAAAUUAGAUUUCAUUUUCGGUCGUUAUUGGACCGCGGGUGAGGAGGAGGAAGCGUGUCCGAGCGCUGUAUCUGGAGACAGGAAGCUGCUUGUGCGAAUGCUGUAUAGUCAAAACUGCUGAGUAACAGCAACUCGUCGUUCAUGUUUCUCCUCAUCGCGCAGUCGACGUUUAUAAAUAAACUCAAAUAAAAUAAAACACUCGAACGCAACAAACCUACAAGAAAACCUCCCGCUGAUACAAACACUUCCCUUACGACUCGGCUGCUAGUGACGUUUUAUUUAUCUUUAGCUCGUCUGAACUAGAGUGACGUGUAUUUAAAGAUGAAGCACGCAAACGUUACCUCACGACGCAGAUUCUCAAACGUGCGACUUUUCUGCCGCUUCAGCAGCUGGAGCAGGAUCUUACGUCUCAACGUGAUCUCCACAUGUUCCCCACUGUCACGACUCUGAUCUCAUCAGAAUCGCCGAUUUUAGCGUGAAGCGUGUACGAGUCGACGGUUUCUGCCGCCUUCGAUUUGUACUCGCGGUGUAUUUACAGUAGCGGUAGGGCUCGGCGUCGGCCGCCUAGAGUUCCACAAGCACGAGGACAUCUGAUCUGUGGACUCGACCAACCAGACAGUCGAACACACCCCUCUGUGACGCGCGGCGUUAGCACUGUUGGUUUAAGAUGUGCACUUUGCUAGCUGUUUCAUUUUCUGAGGUAAAAACGGAUAUUAAUGAAAAUUCAAAACCUUUCCGCAAACCACACGAACACGAGCGCUGGAGCCGAGAUUAGUGAGAGAUUAGCGACUCCACAGCAGCAGCGAUAUGAAUUAGCAGCUAGCAGCAGGUGAUGAUGAUGAUGAUGAUGAUAAACCCUCAGUGGUAGCACCUACCUUCAGCGUGUCCUUAAAGAGACACGCUUUAUUGAAUAAAGGAGGUGUAGGAAAGCUCUUUACUUACUUUAAUAACGAUGUUUACGUUGUGCCAAUUUUGUACGUCCUUUAAAUGAAAUGUUUUCUACUGGACUGGAUCAUUUCCUGAGUCCUUGUCCUUACUAACUGCCUGGUUCUAGUCACUCCGGUUUAAAUUAGGAUACUAGUUCGUCUACGGUCUAGGCCACACCCACUUUGGGCUUAACUCCAGAUACAGAUAUGGAUAUUGGGAGCACUUGACAGAGACAGAUCCACUGCGUGGCACUGUGUUACACCGCUACUAUAUACAGUAUACAGAAAUAUGAUUGAAAUCAACUCAGUAUGAAUUAUCUUCAUUUGCACGAAAGGUUUGGGUGAUAAUCUGUGUGUGUGUGUGUGUGUGUGUGUGUGUGUGUGUGUGUGGCGGUGUGGACAAUCAGAACCACCUCUCACACCCUAUCUUUAUUCUUUUAAAUAUGGCUUUAAAAAUGUAAAUAUGAAAAUGGAUAUUUUCACUGUGGGGUUUUAAACACUGGUGUAUAAUUGAGUGUGUGUGAGUGUGUGUGUGUGAUAUUUGUACAUACUGUAAACACUGUCUGUAUUUGUGUAUAUGUUGUUGUGCCACAUUUAAACUACAGAGACGACAUGAUGACGUCACGUUGUGUAGAAAUGGAAUAAAACGGGUGUGGAGAAUAAACAAGGCCAUUGUGAAGGUGUUAGUGGACAGUC